CAUGGUGUGUCCAGUCAUCGCUGCGACUUCACCGUUGAAGGGUUGAAGUAGAAAGCUGAAUACUAGUUGUUCAAUAUCAGUUCCUGCAGAUGAAGAAAUAGGCCUUCAUCCGGUAACGAAAUUUCUCGCUUGGACAGGACGGUGAGUCGACCCGUUCACCGAGACGGAGCACCUGUUCACGACCACUCCUCAACGCAGCUCUGAGCACGCUGUGGCGGAUACUGUCAAUCUAGAAGAAAUCUUCAUCAGUUUGUGAAGUCAAGCACACCAAACAGCAGAAGGCUCCACUGGGGAGUGUUUUGUUUAGCUGUACAAGCGGUUGGAUCGCGGCAGCAGCCGCGUCAUCGUAGCCAUGGCGACAGCCGAGGUGCAGGAUACCAGUGCACCGCUGGUCUCGGCCGGUGGAACACGUGAUGGUGACCUGGUCAACGACGAUGUCCGGCGACUACAACUCACCAAUGUGGUCGGAUAUAGCGGUGAUGUGCUACGAGGCCUGUACGUUCACCCGGACGCCGACCACAUGAUCUACCCGGUCGGCUGCAGCCUGAUCAUCGAGGACCUGGAGACACACGAGCAGAACAUCCUGGCCGGCCACACGAACUUCAUCACGGCCGUCACCAUGUCGAAGAGCGGCGAGUUGAUUGCGUCGGGACAGAUGACACACAUGGGAUUCAAGGCGGACAUCAUUGUAUGGCACUAUCCUACUAAGACGCGAUACGCCACUUUCACGUUGCACCGUGUGCACAUCCAAAGUCUGGCGUUCUCGCCGAGUGACAAGUACCUUGCGUCACUCGGUGGCAAAGACGAUGCCAGUGUUGUGGUAUGGGACUUGGAGAAGAAGGACGCCGUGUGCGGUAGUCCUGCGGCAAUGCGCAGCGCUGGCCAAGCAAGGGUGGUGGCGUACUGUUGUGACGACGAUGAACGGUUCCUAACUGGAGGAGAUGGUACACUGCGUGUGUGGAAGCUUGACCUGCCUAAUCGUAAGAUACACCCUCAGGACAUCAACAUGGGACAGAUGAAGCGCAAUGUCGAGUGCAUACAGGUGCUAGAAGGAGACAAAUUUGCAAUUUGUGGAACCACUACAGGUGACAUACUGAAGAUUAACUUGGAGACGGCACUUCUUUCGAAGCACGGCCCGACAAAGAACCGCUUCAGCCAGGGUAUAAAGUGCCUGUCAGUACUGAGAUCAGGAGACAUUCUGCUAGGUGCGGGUGAUGGUACUGUUUGUGUCUUCCAGUUUGACAAGCUCGCGCGGCUCAAGACGUUGAAACUUGCGGAGGGCGGCGUAAACGCUGUAGCUAUCCGCGGUGUUGGCCAUCAGAUGUACAUUGGCAGUACCCACUCCCAGACCUACUUCACGGAUUAUCUCGAUUUCAAGCCAACGCUGCUCAGGACGUGUCAGCCAAGCGCAAUCACUGACGUUUCUUUCGCAGCAGGUUGCUCUGACCUAUUUGUUACGAGUGCGAAGAACGACAUCCGUGUUUGGAAUACGUACACUGGACAAGAGCUGCUUCGGAUCUCAGUGCCCAACAUGGUCUGUAACUCCAUUGCUGUGCAAGAGGAUGGCAAAGCCAUCAUUUCAGGCUGGAAUGAUGGAAAGAUCCGGGCGUUCUUUCCCGAGAGUGGGAAGCCAAUGUGGACAAUCGAGGAUGCCCAUAACAAGGGUGUCACCGCGCUCUGUGCCACCAAGGAUAGCAGACGUGUUGUCAGCGGUGGAGGUGAAGGCCAGGUGCGUGUCUGGAACAUCACCAAGACCUACCAGCGCAUGGCCGAUGCUAUGAAGGAGCACAAGGGACCCAUCACCAUGAUAAAGGUUCGCAAAGACGGUUCUGAGUGUGUGAGCGCCAGUGUGGAUGGAUCGUGUAUCAUCUGGGACUUAGGACGCUUUGUCCGCAACCAAGUUAUUUUUGCCUCGACGCUCUUUCAAAAUGUCUGCUACCAUCCAACUGAGUGUCAAAUCAUAGCCACGGGCACGGAUAAGAAGAUUGGUUACUGGGAGACGUUCGACGGCAGUGCAAUUCGUGAGAUCGAGGCAUCCGUAGGCAGCGUGAAUGCACUGGACAUUUCGCUGGAUGGCAUGUUCCUUGUGUCCGGUGGAGAAGACCGACUUGUCAAGCUGUGGCGCUACAUGGAGGGCCGGGUGACACACAUCGGUGUGGGCCACAGUGCCACUAUCAGCCGCAUCAAGAUCUGCCCGAACACGCGCUUCAUCGUCAGCGUCAGCCAGGAUGGCGCCAUCAUGCGCUGGGACUUUCCCAAUGACUUUGCCCCACCGCUCAGCCCUACCAUGCCUGGUGACCUGAAAAGAAGUCAGGAUGUGAACGCGGAAGAGGAGUAGCCAAUGAAUCCAGUACGGGACGCACUCGCCUGCCGGACAGUACUUGUACAUAACAAAAUAGAGGCUUUACCAGGGAAUAAGCAUUCUUCACAUAUUUACCAAUGUUACUUUCAUAAACAAUAUCUUUAGCAGGGACGUAUAAUUAUUCUCAAUAUCACGAAGUGUGUGGGAAAUCGACAAUAUGAGAUGAUAAGGUUUUGACAGAAUUUUGCAUACAUGUACGUGUAGAUAGUUUUUUUCUUGAUAGGACGGAGUGUACAGACGUACGCAUGUAAUAACUCUAUUAUUCUUAGAAUGUACAUUCGUGAAUCCAUAAUCCGGAUAUGUUUGCGCGAACCAUCAAUGGACCGUCUUGAUUUCAUGUGUUCUCCCUUGCAGUAUUAGAUUUCUGUUUUUUUCUCUUGUAGCAACAUGGCUCCCAAGGGGAGCAUAUUCUGACCAUGUGUCACAGUUAUUAUUCAUUGAAGAAA